CGGUCGCGAUUGGUUCGGGCACGGUGCGCGAUGCGUCUCCCGUAUUUCAAAUCGAACGUUUACCGACCUAGUGUCCCGAGGACGAUGGAAAUCCUCUCGGAAACGCGGUCGACGCGAUGACGAGGGUUACACGGUCUUGAGACGGCGGCUACAGUCGAAGCAGCUGUUGCGCUUAGGUCACGACGAGCAGCCGGAGUCGUCGAAUCCGGUCGGGGCGGUGGAAUCAUCGUCACGAAUAAGCCAGAACGUUGAGGAACGGUCCUCGGCCGGUCGUAUCUCGCGGAAACGUCGCGUCGGUAUCGUGGAGAAUCAGUACGUCGCCGAGUGCGAGGGUGGCUCGUCGGUAUGCGAGUUGGUGGACGGCCUCGAACGGCUCCUCGGUGAUAGAGAGCCCGCCGGCGACGAGGUCGGGUCAACGAUGAGGUCGAAGAAGCAACAGAACACCGAGGAGGAGACGACAACGACGACGUCAACCACGGUCGUUGAUCCGAUCGAGGCGAACGAGACAUACGACGAGUUCGACACGGUCAGGAUGCCGGUGGUCAGAUCCCUUAGCAAAAGUCCGCAGAGCGACGAGGGUAUCGAGGCGGAUCCGGAACGAAGGAGGGGCUCUGUAGCGCGUUGUUGGAGCCUCGAUUCCGCGGCGGCGAGCGACGAGGACGCGUCGCUGACCACCACGCACCAGCUGAAACGGCACAAACUACGGGUCACUAGAUGUUGCAGCUACGACAGCGCGGUCUUGAGCGACGAGGAUCAAAUAAAAGGAUGGGAUAGCACGAAUGCAGUCGAGGGAAAUGAAACUGAGCAGAAUGAAGGGAGGCCUAGAUAUUGGAGAACACCAAGCGUGGUUGUCAGUGAUUACUCGGAUUAUUCGUAUCUGGAUGAGAAGCUCGAAAGAAAUGAUUUAGAGCUUGAGAAGUAUGAAGGAACCAGUGGAACUCCAAGCCAGACGAGUAGCUGCUCCUGCUUGGACUGUGAUGACAUUCGGGAGUCACUGGACAACCAGUUCCCCAGAGUUUGUCACAGCAGGAGACACUCGGACUCCUGUUGCUUGUGCCUUGAUUCUAUGAAUACCAGUGGUACAAGAAACUUCUGUGAAACCGGGAACAGACGGAACUCCUGUCUGGACACCACUAAUUCCUACUACACCAAGCUAGACUCUCAGCUACUGCGGUACACCCAAGAAGACUCUCAAGAAUUGCAAGAAAAGGCAAAGGUUGAAUUUCUGGACAUUCCACCCGGACGAAAGAUAUCCGACUGUUCAACCUCCAGCCUCAGCGGCGACGAAUCGGAAGUGAUCGAUCAUCGGCAGUCAAAGCCUAGAUCGUCGGGAUGGAGGAAGCUCAGGAAUAUCGUUCACUGGACACCGUUCUUCCAGACGUACAAGAAGCAGAGGUAUCCAUGGGUGCAGCUCGCCGGACACCAAGGGAAUUUCCGUGCUGGGCCAACACCAGGAACGAUACUGAAGAAACUUUGUCCCCAGGAGGAAGCGUGUUUCCGGUUGCUGAUGAACGACGUGCUGAGGCCGUUCGUGCCGGAGUUCAAAGGUGUUCUGGACGUGAAAGAGGCGGACGAAGGGAACACCGAAGAGCCCGAGACAGGGGAGAAUUGUCCGAAGGACAGCACGGCGAACAAACGAACGGUGGUGUCCUCUUACUUGCAACUGCAGGACCUUCUCGGUGACUUCGAGCACCCGUGCGUGAUGGAUUGCAAGGUGGGAGUCAGAACGUAUCUGGAGUCAGAGCUCGCGAAGGCCAAGGAAAGACCCAAGUUGAGGAAAGACAUGUACGAGAAAAUGGUACAAGUGGACCCGACCGCGCCGACCGCCGAGGAACGUCGGGUGCAGGGUGUCACUAAACCGAGGUACAUGGUUUGGCGGGAGACCAUAUCCAGCACGGCCACGCUUGGCUUUCGCGUGGAGGGCAUCAAGCUUGCGCACGGGGGCUCGUCCAAGGACUUUAAAACGACCAGGAGUCGGGAACAGGUGACUGAGGCGUUGAGACGUUUCGUCGAAGGUUAUCCGCACGCAGUGCCAAAGUAUAUCCAACGGUUAAAGGGGAUCAGAGCGACCCUAAAAGCGUCCCCGUUCUUCGCGUCGCACGAGGUCGUCGGAUCCAGUCUGUUGUUCGUUCACGACGCGAAGAACGCCGGUAUCUGGAUGAUCGAUUUCGCGAAAACGUUGCCGCUGCCCCAGCAUCUGCCACGGAUCCGCCACGAUGCCGAGUGGCAGGUGGGAAACCACGAAGACGGUUACCUGAUAGGCGUUAACAAUCUGAUAGACAUAUUCCAGGAUAUUCGGAACACCGAGACAACGUAGUUUUUUUUUUUUUUUAUAUAUAUAUAAUUAAUCCCGUACAACAAAACGUGUUUCUCGACGAACGCGCACAACAGUGGAAAAGAGCCUUGAACGAACGAACGCACAAAACCUUCGAUCUCGUUCGGGGACGACGGACGACUAUUAUGACGGUUCUCCCUCUAAGGCUUGUACAUAUAGAUAUACUGUGGACUCUUAACUAUAUUGCCACGGCGAGGCACUUCCCCUUCACACGUACUUUCGAGCACACACAUUUGCUCUCCCACCACGUUGCGUACGUCGGCGCACCAGCACGAUCCAGCUUUUGCGCAGGCGUUGAGGCCGAGGCUAUGAUGAUAGAAGUUAGCAUGGAGGGGGCUCCGAACUCAUUACCAUUUUACUCCCCUACAACCCCGACCAUGGCAAUAUAGUUAGAGUCUCCACUGUAUUCGCAUUUAGGACGUUCACGGGUAUCCUCGCGAGAAACGGACCAAAGACGCGGCGGCGGCCGAACACGCUGCCUAGGUGUAUAUUCAUAGUAACCGUAGACCGCAGAGAUUUGUAAAAAUAAUUUAAUCUUCUACGGUAAUUACGUAAGAUUUAUUUAUACGUUACAUACGACUUUCGCAGAAUCUUCUUGAUACAAGAGAGAAAGCAAGGGAGAAUGAGUGAGUGAAAGAGAGAGAACGGAAGGUGUUUUUGUAUUUAAAAAAAUCGUACCAUGCAUUUGUAAAUAAUCCGACACUUAAUAGAAAACAAGGUCAAUCACGUGAGUG